AUGGCCGCCACAAAGCACUCUCUCGCCGACAGCGAGGUCGAGCAGAUCCCCAGCAAGAAGCAGAAAGUCAAGGACCUCCCUGCCGCUGGCGAUGUUGACAGCGACGAGGCCGCCGAGUUGAAGAAGCAGAAGAAGAAGGAAAAGAAGGAGAAGAAGGAGCGCAAGAAGGAAAAGGAGGAGAAGAAAAAAAACAAGGAGAAGAAGGAGAAGCGCAGCAAGGACGAGGCCGAGGAAGCUUCUGAGGAAGCCCCCGCUGCUGUCGAGGACAAGAUAGACGUCGAUGAGGACGACAAGGCCGAGAAGAAGAGGCAAAAGAAGGAGAAGAAGGAAAAGAAGAAGAAGGACAAGAAGGACAAGGAGGCUGAGAGCGGUGCUACCAGCGCAAAGGCUGCCGAGCCUGUUGCUGCCGGAGCAGAGUACGCGCAGGCCGCUGCCCUGUCUGCUCUCCCCCAGUCCGACAUUGACGCCUUCAUGACCGCCGAGACCAUCACCGUCACGGACCCGACAGACAAGACCAGCCACCUGCGCCCCAUCCUCCAGUUCUCUUACCUCCCGCAAACUCCGCUUAUCCAGAAGAACCCCUUCUCCUCGUACAAGACGCCUACCCCCAUCCAGGCCGCUUCCUGGCCCUUCACCCUCUCCCGCCGCGACGUCAUCGGUGUCGCAGAGACUGGCUCCGGAAAGACCAUGGCCUUCGCCCUGCCCCUUGUCGAGGCUAUCUCUAAGGUCAAGAAGCGCGGCAUCAAGGCCGUCGUCGUGUCCCCGACACGUGAGCUGGCCAUGCAGACCCAGGAGCAGCUCGAGCACGUUUCGUCUCUCCUUGGCCUCAAGUGCGUGUGCAUCUACGGCGGUGCCUCCAAGGAUGACCAGCGCGCCCUUCUGAACCGUGGCGCCGACGUCAUCGUGGCGACCCCGGGUCGUCUCAAGGACUUCAUGGCCGACGGCACCAUCGAGCUCAAGGACACGCGCUUCGCCGUCCUCGACGAGGCCGACCGCAUGCUCGACAAGGGUUUCGAGGAGGACAUCAAGGGCAUCCUCGGUGCCAUGCCCCCCCGUGAGGAGCGCCAGACCGUCAUGUUCACGGCGACGUGGCCCGCGUCCGUCCGCAAGCUCGCCGAGUCCUUCAUGGUUGACCCCAUCAAGAUCACCAUCGGCUCCAGCGGCAAGGAGACUGCCAGCGGUGCCGUCGAGCUGCAGGCCAACACGCGCAUCACCCAGCGCGUCGAGGUUGUCGACCCCAGGGCCAAGGAGCAGAGGCUGCUUCAGCUGCUCAAGCAGCACCAGCAGGGCGACAAGAAGAACGACCGCAUUCUCGUCUUCUGCCUGUACAAGAAGGAAGCGACGCGCGUCGAGACUUUCCUGCAGCAGCGUGGCAUCCGCGUCGGCGGCAUCCACGGAGAUCUGCGCCAGGAGCAGCGCACACGCAGUCUGGAGGCUUUCAAGGCGGGCACGACGCCCGUCCUGGUUGCCACUGACGUUGCCGCCCGUGGUUUGGAUAUUCCCGAGGUGAAGCUUGUCAUCAACGUGACCUUCCCUCUGACAAUCGAGGACUACGUCCACAGAAUCGGACGUACCGGUCGUGCUGGCAAGACCGGCGAGGCUAUCACCCUCUUCACGCAGCAGGACAAGGCGCACUCUGGAUCUUUGAUCAACAUUCUCAAGGGCGCCAACCAGCCCGUGCCCGAAGAACUGUUCAAGUUCGGCACGACGGUUAAGAAGAAGGCCCACGACACCUACGGCGCCUUCUUCAAGGACGUUGACAUGACGAAGAAGGCCACCAAGAUUGUGUUUGACGAUUAA